AUGAUUUUACUAUUCGUAUUUUUCUUCAUCGUAUCUUGUUAUUCCUCCGCCAGUGAUAAAAACGUAAAUAGAGACUCGUUUGUGAAAUGUAUACUUGAGGGUGAAGAAUUGUAUGGAAAACCUUCAAAACCUAUUUUUAUAUCUUUGCCAAUUAGUGAACAAGACCUAGACGACUCAUCAGCCAUGGUAUCACACUCUAUGUUAAUAAAUAACAUAUCCGAUUAUAAAAAAUGGCCUCUGAUCAUUGCAAAUAUUACAAAAGAAGAUAUGACAAAUCAAAAAGUAAGAACAGCAAAUAAUAUUCAUAAUUAUAUAAUAUAUUUUAGACAUAGCGGAGAACUUAGAAAAUCUAUCGAUUUAAUAAAUGAGAGAAGAGUCCUUAAUCCACAUGCUAAUUUUUUAAUAGUUACCACAACGCAUUUUGAAAACGCCAAACCGAUUAUAAAUGAAAUAUUUACAGUCCUAAAAGAAUUUCAAAUAUUAAAAUCGGUAUUAUUAAUGGGGGACCCAAAAGACAAGUCAAAUUUUAAUUUGUUCAGUCUAAUACAAUUUAGGGAUGCUACUUGCAAAAAUAAUGCAGAAGAAGAUAUAGAACUAAUUGACACUUGCAGACAUGGAAAUUUUACGUUAAACACUAAAUGGUAUGAUUUUUAUAUACCAAAAGUAUUUAAAUCGUGUACUUUGAAGAUUGUUUAUACAGAAGUGCCCCCUUAUAUUGUUAAUAUGAAAAAUAAAGAUUUUUUGAGUCGUGACGAAUUCACUUCACAUGGAUUUGAAAUUGGUAUAAUAACAAAUAUUUUUGCUUACAUGAAUAUUUCUUUAAUAUUUAUGGAAAGUGAUGCCAUUGGAGACAUUGAUUUUGACGGAAAAGUUACUGGAUCUUUGGGGGUAUUAUUCAAAAAGGAAGCUGAUUUGGCUAUCGGUGGAUUCUCAUUAACGUUAGACAGAAUGAAGUUUUUUGACAGUAGCAUUCCAUAUUUUUUUGAAUACCUUGUUUGGGUUGUCCCUCAUGAACACAUACCUCUAGGUGAAAUAUUAAGCAUAACAACUAUAACUCAUUAUGAUGUUUGGAUAGUGAUUGCCCUAUUGAGUGUUACAACAGGAUCACUGAUUAUAUUUUUAGCAAACCAUACAAAGGAAGAAAGUAGUAUCUUCAAACGCCCUGGCAGAGCCAUACAAAAUUUAUUAACGACCAUGCUUAAUAUACCAGUAGACUUAGUACCAAAAAGCCAUGCAGUAAGAAUGGUAUUUUCAAUGGUCUUGGUUUUUGCUAUAAUAUACAAUACAGCAUAUACGACAUAUUUGACUAGUGUGCUAGCUGAAUCUAAUCGCUAUACAGAAAAAUAUAAUGAUGUUAAUGAUAUUGAUAAGCAAAAUUUAAGCAUCUAUCUUGCUCCUAAUACUAAAAGGUUUUUCCAAAUUAGCACGACUGUACACUAUAACCUAGUUCACCGAGGAAAAUACUGCAAAGUACAUGAUUAUGAUAACUGUCUUGACGACGUCGCAAUGCAUAGGAAUGCAUCUUUUCUUGCCCAACGAGAAUUUGUCAAAUAUGCUAUAGAUGACUACUUGUCAGCAUCGCAUACUCAGCUUUUAAGAGUCCUACCAACUUCAGUUAUAUCUUAUCAAGUGAGUUUUUUGAUGGUGAGAGGCUUUUGGGGCUUGGAAAGAGUAAACUCUUUACUAAACAACGCAGUUACUUCAGGGCUUGCACGAAAAUGGAUGCAUACUCGAAAAAAUCAUAGUUCAGCAAAGGUUAGUGCUGAAAAUGUCGUCGAAGGAAGUACCACGUUGACUUUUAAGAAUUUAGUGUUUGUGUUCUAUUUGGUUUUAUCAGGACAUGCAAUAGCAACUUUUGCUUUUAUAGCUGAGGUACUGAUUUACAAGUAUAGCGAUAAUAUAAGAUUACCAUAUGGAUUUGUUGACUCGACCUGA